AGAGAAGUGCUCUCCUCACUCUCACACACUCCUCUGACACUGAACCUCAUUUCUCAAGAUGACUGCAGGGCUGUGUGUGUGCGUCGUGCUGGCAGUCUUAUGUACCAGCUGUUUGGGGCUCCCCUUCUCCUCCCAGCCUCUGGACGAGGGCCACCGCUCCUCGUCCGCUGCUUCUCAAGCUCUCCUUGAGGGUGACAUCCACACCUUGGGAGAGCCCCACCUCCAACACAGCCGCUCUGCCCCCCAGCUGAAAGCUCUUCCUCUGGCUGAGGAGGAUGCAGACUCCCGAGCCAACCUCGGUGAGCUGCUGGCAAGACUCAUCUCCUCCAGGAAAGGUGCUGUGCGUAGAAACUCCACGGCGAACAGCAGAGACAAAGGACUGAGCGCCAACCACCGGAUAGCAGACAGGGACUACUUGGGGUGGAUGGAUUUCGGCCGCCGCAGUGCGGAGGAGUACGAGUACUCCUCGUAAAGGGAAGUGACGGCUCGGACCCCAUGCGGACGGACACGCGGGAAAAAGGAGAAGGAGAAGAAGAAGAAGAAGAAGAAGAAAAAACUCGCAAGCGGGCUCCCCACUGUCUCACAAUAAAGAGUCGAUUUAUGAUGUAUUUGUUGUACAUUUGUUUGUAAAACUGUAAUAAUGCAAUAUACAUAUGCCAAAUUUUACAGAAAAGCGCUCACUGUUCAAAGGGUUGUUUGUUUUCUGGUUUCCUCUGGUUUC